AUGACGAAUGAGUUUGUGCUCACGACGAGGACUUGCCAGUGCAAGCUGGGAUUGCUAGUCUACGGGGACAAGCUCUUGUUAAAACUUCAAGGUAUCCGCUCAUUUGACCCCGAUUCUCCUCAACAAAUUGAGUUUCAAGUACCACUUACCAUUCUUGUUGGUCAUAAUGGUGCCGGAAAGACAACUAUAAUCGAGGCAUUGAAGUACGUUACGACUGGAGUGAUGCCGCCAAAUACUAGAAGCGGUGGUGGAUUCGUUUUUGAUCCAAAAUUAAAAAACGAAACGAGUGUAAAGGCUCAAGUUCAAUUCAGCUUUACAGCUGCUGGCGGAGACGAGGUUAUUGCUUCACGGUCUUUACAGGGAAAACUGGCGAGUCAAAAAUUUUCAGUUACCUCCAUUGAUAGUAUAUUGCAAACAACCAGUGCUCAGACCGGAGAAACUUCAAGUCUUACGAAUAAGUGUGCAGACAUGGAUGCUGAACUUCCUAUUCAAUUGGGUGUUUCAAAAUCGAUUCUUGAUAACGUGAUCUUUUGCCAUCAAGAAGAAUCUUUUUGGCCUUUUUCCGAACCAUCCGUUGUUAAAAAAACAUUUGACGAUAUAUUUGCGGUAACACGAUAUACCAAAGCUCUUAAGAAUAUAAAAGAUUUAAGAAAGAGCAGAGCGGCAGAAUUAAAUGUUGAAAACGAAAGGCUUAUUCGUUGUUCAGAAAAUAAGAUUAGAGCAGAAGAAAUUGAGAUUCAAAUCGAGGCAGCGCGACGAAAAGCAGAUGACCACAAAAAAAAAAUCGAAGAUUUUGAUAAGGCGGUUGCUAGCAUGACCAGUCAAAUUGAUGGAUUAAUGGAAACGAUCAGAAAAAUUACCGAUCUUGAAUCGCGUCUCAACGAGAAAAAAAGUCAAAAAUCUUUUCUAGAGACCAGUAUCAACGAUCUGUCUGCCAGUUUCACCGAACUUCACGAAUCUGACGCAGAGUUACAAAGGUUGCAUGAGGAAUAUAUGAAUAAAGUAGAUGUGAAUGAUUCCAAUAAACGAGAAACAUCAAUGUUAAAAGACCAUGCAUCAAAUGAAUUGGCACGUCUAAGAACAGCCUUAAACAACGUUCUUACGAGACAAGGAAAUCUUCAAGCUCAAUAUGAUGCCUAUCGUAAAAGAAUUCAAGAACGAGAAAGUUUGAUUAGAAAUAUAUGUCAGAAACAUAAUAUUGAAAAAUUCUCCGAUGCAACCAUAUUGUCAAAUAAAGAUAUUGAAACUUUUACGGGCAUACUUACAAAUCUAACCAACCAGCAAAAUAAUCUCUUGACAUCUAUAAAGACGGAAGCUCACAAUCUCGAAAACGAGUUGAAUUCGAAGUUGACAAUUCUUACAUCUGAUCUUAACGCCCAAGAACAAAUAAAACAGUUUGCAAAAGACAGGAUUGAAUCAUGUCAACGAAAAAUGCAAAAAGUGGAACUUGAUGUGAAACAAACUAAAGCAUCUCAAUCUGAUGUCAUGACCCUCGAACGACAAAUUAAAGAAUUGGAAGAAUCCCUUGAAAAAACAAAGAUUGCUUACUCGAAUGAUGAUUCAGACUCCAAGUUAAAUAAACUGGCUAGCGAUCUAAGACAAGCUCAACUUGAAGCGUCUGACUUGGACGCUGAAAUUAGUAAUCUUACUCUUGAAGGGUCGACUCGGACGAAGCUAGAGCUAAAGAAAAAUGAAAAAUCACAAAAAGAACCAGCACUUCAAUCAAAAAUACAAACAUAUAAAGCCGACUUCGAAAAAUAUAUGGACCGAGAUUUCCGAUUGGACUCUAUUGAGACCGAUAUGGAAGUCGUAUUGCGUGAUAAGCAAGCGGAAGCUCAAAAGGCAUAUCAGCACUAUCAGAAUAUCAAUAGCAAUUUAUCUUCCAUUGAAGUCCAAUUAAAAAAUUUGGAGAGCAAACUUAAUCAGAAACGUAGACUCUAUGAAACCCAAAUUAAAGAAAUUAACAAAGUAUGCAAUGGAGCAAAUUUGCCAGAACUAUUAGAAGAACAUGAAAGCGAACUGGAAGAGUUACGCGAGUCAUUGGCUGAGACAAAAAGUGCUUCGUCUAUAUUUAAAAACUUUUUAGCGCAAGCAAAAAAAAAUCAUCUUUGUCCUGUGUGUAAACGAGGAUACGAUGCCGAAGAUGAAUACAAUCAAUAUCUAGGAAGGUUGGAAAAUCUUUCAUCGGAUAAAGCUCCGGCCAAAAUUGCUGAAUUUGAAAAAGAAAUUAAGGAUCUUGAAUCUAAAAUUCAAAAUAUGCGCAAAUUAAAAUCAAAUUGGGAUGAUUUGAAUCGCUUAAAUGCAGUCGAUAUACCAGAGUUGGAAAACGAAAUCCAGGAAUUACAGAAUAACAAAAACAUAGAAGCAUCAAAGAGUGAAAAUGCUUCACUUAAAGCUUCCGCUCUUGAAAAUGAAAAACAACAGAUCCAAGAGUUAUAUACAGUUGCUGGUGAAAUGACUCGCUUAGAUAAAGAAAUCAAAGCAUUGAAUAAUGACAUCCAGAAUCUGGAACAACAGCUUAGUUAUACCGGUUCUACUAAGACGCUUGAGGAAUUGACUAGCGAGCGUGAUGAUUUACGAGAUAAAAUAAAUAGGAUUAAUCGUGAAAUUCAGCAAAAAAGUACGCGCAAAGAUGUAAAACUGCGGGAAAUUCGUAAUCACGAAGACCGAUUGCAUCAAUCGCGUCGUGAAUUGCUAGAAGUACAACAUCAAUUGCAGCAGCGAGAAACUUUAGAGAAAUCUAAAGAAGAAUUUUUGGCAGAGAUUAGACAACAAGAACGUUUAAUUGCGGAAGCUGAUGCCCAAAUCAGUAAUAUUCGCCCUUCAAUUACUCUUGCCAAAAACAAGUUGGAAGAAAAACGCCAGCUCAAUUUUGAGCGUGAAAGUUCUGUAUUGAGAGAUCUUCAAGAACUGAAGAAUUCACUUAAUCAAUUCAAUGAGCUUAAUCAAGAGAUCGAGGACUUCACAAAACAAGGAAACGCUGAUUUAUUAAGUCGAUCUAACGAGGAGGUUAAACGUUUAGAAUCAGAAAUAUCCGCAAAAGCAAGGGAUGUAGAAAAACUGCAACAACAACUGCAACGCUUUGAUAACUUAGCUUUAGAAGUUGAAAGCACUAAAAGGAAUAUAAAUGAUAAUAUUCGUUAUCGACAAAUACAAGAGAGUAUCAAAGAAGUUGUUCAAGAAAUUCAACAAUUGGAAGAAGAAAUCGGUCAACAAGCUGGCGUUCGUUAUAGUCAAGAAUUAUCUGAACUGCAAAAGAAACAUAAGAACUUUACGAUGCAGAGAGCAACUCUAGUUGGAGAAUCGAGUCAAAUCAAAGAACAAAUUCAGAGGCAAGAAAAGGAUCUCGAGAAAAAUUAUAAACAUGCCAAAGCUGAUUAUCAAAGACAAUUUAUAAACGUGACGGUUGAAAAAAUGGGCAUUAAUGAUCUUGACACCUAUGCUAAAACGCUUGACAACGCGAUUAUGAAAUUCCACGCAAAGAAAAUGAUCGAAAUUAACAAAAAUAUAGAAGAACUUUGGCGAAACACAUAUCAAGGAAAUGAUAUUGAUCGCAUUGAGAUUCGUUCCGAAGACGAUGGCACUAAACGUAAAGGAUCAUAUAGUUAUCGGGUUGUAAUGAUUAAGGGUUCUGUUGUACUUGAUAUGAAAGGCAGAUGUAGUGCGGGACAAAAAGUUUUGGCUUCAAUAAUCAUCCGUUUGGCAUUAGCGGAAGCUUUUUGUAUAAAUUGUGGUGUUAUUGCUCUUGAUGAACCCACGACUAAUCUUGAUUUGGAUAACAUUCGAAGUCUUGCGGCGAGUCUGGCUGGAAUAAUAAGGGAACGUCGAGCUCAAAAGAAUUUCCAACUUAUCGUCAUUACGCAUGACGAAGAGUUUGUACGACUCAUUGGUCAAAAUGAAUUCUGCGAUAGAUUUUAUCGAGUGGCCAAAAACUCACA